GAGUAGUUGAAAUUGAAUCGCAAUCCUGGAUGACGAUGACAUGUCGGCACGCAAGACUGAUAAGCAAAGAUACGGGGCGAACCAACAUAUGGCACUUCGAGGAAGGCAGCAGAACGUCGUCAUUCGGAACUCAUUUUGUACAGAAACACGAAAGGGUAAGCACAUAAUUUAAGAAAAGCAAUCAACGCUAUAGAAAGAGCGAUUUGAUUAAGUAUAUUGGACUAUUUUACAAAAAUACUUUCUUACGAUUCCGUGGUGGUUUGCCAUUGUUUUGGUUAGUUUAUUGGAGGUUAAAAAUCAUUCACAAUCUUAAAUCUUUACUGAUACUCAAUGCCAGCAGUGACGAAGGGAAAGAUCACGACGAAAGAGGGGAUGUCUAUUUCGAGCAACGAUACGUACGAGGGCUUCAUGCAGGUGUUGUGUGAGACCAUCAUCAGGUGUAGCCACACCAACCCCGAGGACGAGUGUGCCCGGUUGUUCCCCGAACUAUACGCCCGCACUCAGCACGAGCGCCAGCAACAGAGCACAUUGGUAAUUGAAUCCCGCGUCGUCUUGGUGAUCCUCUACACCAUCAUCACCGCCAUGUCUCUUGUGGGGAACUCACUGGUCAUUGUGACCUUCGCCUUCGACAAACACAUGCGCUCUGUCACCAAUGUUUAUAUUCUCUCACUCGCCGUGGCUGAUUUGAUGGUCACGCUGACCUGUGUGCCGUUUAACAUUGGCUCCGUCUUUACGUCUCACUGGGUUUUUGGAGGGUUCGCGUGCAAGCUGGUGCCUUUCUUCAUGACGUUUUCCGUCGCUUGCAGCUCAUUGACGCUCUGCUCCAUUGCCAUGGAUCGAUACAUCGCGAUCGUCCAUCCGCAUAAACUGAAAUGCCUUCAGAACCCGACGCCGGCUGGCAUAUUCCUCGUGCUUAUCUGGGUGGUGUCGCUGGUGUGCAGUGUGCCGAACGCCGUGUUUUACACGCUUGUGAUGGUCGACUGUAAAAAGACACCAGAGGGCGACGAUAUGUUUCAGUGCGUCUGGCCGGAAAACGAGUACAAGGUUCCGUUGGAGCUGUGGAUGACAUUAGUGGUUCUCUUUAUCGUCCCUCUGGUCAUCAUGUCCACCACGUACGGUCUGAUCGGGUACCAACUGUGGUUCCGGAAGUCCGUCGGCAGCCGCCGGAAUUCUCUCCGGAACGCCGACAUGAAAAAAAGCGUCAUCAAGAUGCUGUUGAUCGUCAUGCUGGCGUUUAUCGUCUGCUGGAGCCCCAUCAUGGUGUUGAACUCCGUGGAGAAGCUCGCCACCACUACCCGGCACAUGGAGACUCUAAAACUCUACUUCCAGAGCCUCAGCAUGGCCAGCUGCUGUAUCAACCCCGUCAUCUACACGUUCAUGAACAGGAAGUUCCGGGAGAAGUUCGUCAGUUACUUGUUUUGUUGGCGGAAGAACAAGGUUGGCAUUGCGAUCAUUUCCAAAGAGACCCGGAUGCUCGCGAGCGAGAACAAGGCUGAUGGUGGCGCUGCUAUGCCGCCUCGCAAGAGCUUGGGUAAUAUUGUCCCUAGGAGGAUCUGAACCUUUGUGUGACAUUCAAAAGCAUUUAAAUGGUAUAAAUCUUCACCCAAAUGCCAUGUUAUGUAGUUGAAACUUUUGUUUAUAUAACGCAGAUAUUCUUAUUGUUCUUUUUUGUUGACUGUAGAUAACACUUUCAUUAAUUUUAUUCCUUGAUUUAGUAUCUAUAUAUUUAUUUAUUUCUGUUUCGAUUUUCAGUGAAAUAAACUUGUUACAUCAAACACGAUGAAAAUCGUAAAUAAAAAAAAGGUAUUACUUUAAAUACGGAAAAAUCCUGACUAUUGGUCCACUUUAAGGAAUUUCGAUUGAAGGAAUGUUGCUUAGUGGUUACUAGUUACUUCCCUUUAUAUGCAAACGGCGGGUGAACAACAUCAUGGCUGCAUUACACGUUUCAAAAAUAGUCAAAUUAAUUGUCUUUACAAAAGCAUAAACAUGAUUUUUGCGAAUGAUCGAGAUUGUUUUUACGUGAUGGUGAAAAUUUAGUUUUACGUUUACGGGGACUAACAAUUCGAUACUUUCGAUAUAAACUUUAACUUACUGUGAAAUAUGUAAAGCUCUUUCACUGCUUUAUUUGCUGUAAACAUUCGUUAUGACCUUUCAGAUGUGUAUUUAUCCCAGCAUUUAAUUACGAUGCAAGAUUUCGGCGUUGUUUACUGCGCAUACAAUGGUAAAGUCUUAUUUACUGAAACCGUCAUGACACUUUACAACGUGCCUUGAAAAUAAAGUUAAUUUUACCUU